CUGCUGCGUGCGUGCGUGCGCGAGGGCCGCUGCUGCUCGACGGCUCCUGCAGCCUCCGUUUUGCAGGCAGGGCAGGCCAUGGACAGGCGCCUGGCGACGGUGCUGCUGCUGGCGGCGGCGGUGGGCGUGGCGCGCGCCAGCGCUCACUUCAUCCGGCUGGCGCUGGUCGCCGUCAUGGGCCUCGCCGGCAUGUACAUGCUGCACGUGCUCGCCCAGGACUACAACGCCAUCCGACAGCCCGUCAAGGCCAAGGUCGCCUCCGCCAUACUGCGCUCCGUCAUCGCCAAGAGGUCAGCGGCAGACUCGACGGUGGUCGGAGAGGCAGAGGCGGUGGCGGCGGGGGCGGCGGGGGCGUCGGCGGGCCGGCCGUCGCUGGACUGGGGGCGCGUGCUGCGGGCCGAUCCCGCGGGCUGCGCGCGCAGGGUGCUCUGCGAGCUGGCCGCCAAGCCAGAGGUGCGGCUCGGCGACGCCGACAGGCGGCUCCUCGCCCUCGUCACUAAUCACAGCCUCGACGUGUGUAUCGUCGGCCAGAGAGAGGUGCGCGCCCGCUAUCUGGGCCCGGGGCGGCGACGUGUUCCGCACGCGCAGAUAAGCGCCGCUUCCGCUGCCUUCCCGGAGCGAUGCGGAUCUGGGGGUGAUAAGUCCGUGCCGGCCACCCCGCGCCGCCCAGAUAGGCCCGCUAUAAGACGCGGCCGCGCCCCGGCCUCCGUGUCCACGGUGUCUGGCCACCGCGACCGCUGA